GUCAUUCUCCAGCAUCUCAGUCUCGAAGGCUGUCAGUAUACUACUAUCUAUCUCAGGCACAAAACGCGACAAGCCAUGUCUGUAUGUCCCCCGUACGCUCCGUUCUUCGGCUUUGGAGGGGUUGCGGCGUCAAUGAUAUUAAGCACCGUGGGUGCCGCGUUCGGGACGUCCAAGGCCGGCAUCGGAAUUGCUGGCCUGGGUACGUUCAGGCCUGAGCUCAUCAUGAAGUCGCUCAUCCCGGUCGUCAUGUCUGGUAUCAUCGCCGUGUACGGCCUCGUCGUGUCGGUGCUCAUCGCGGGCGGCCUGCGACCGACCGACUAUUCGCUGUACGCCGGCUUCAUUCAUCUAGGAGCCGGACUCGCAUGCGGAUUCACAGGUCUUGCGGCGGGCUAUGCCAUUGGCUUUGUAGGCGACUCGUGUGUGCGAGCCUACGUACACGAGUCGAGGGUCUUUGUGACGAUGGUGCUCAUCCUAAUCUUCGGCGAGGUCUUAGGGUUGUACGGGCUUAUUGUCGCCCUCAUCAUGAACUCAAGAGCAACAGAGGCUCCACGAUGUACAUACUGAGCGGUCGUGC